AAAGUAGCAGAAACCCUGCCCUGGGCAGAGCAUUCCAGCAGCUGACAUGAUGAAGGGGACACUGCUUGUGCUGGCCUUGCUGGUGACCAGAGAGCUGGGCAUCCAGAUGGUGGAAUCUUGCCCUAUUUUUUAUGGAGUCUUUGGUACGUUGGCUAUUGGAAGCAAAACACUGUUGGACGCCAGCCUCGAACUGGUCCACGCUACCCAACCAGAAAAAGUAGCCUUAGAAAAAAUCCAGGAAUGCUACAAUGAGGCGGGAAUCGAAUCCAAGAUCUUGGAUCUGAUCGUCAUGGGCACUAUCACCACCAGCAAGGAAUGCAUCCACUACACAGUGGACAAGAUAAAGAAGGAUGUCACCGAACUUCUAAACUGAACUGUUUCUCUGAGCUCCGUCUUCCUGCCAUUCUCACCUGAAGCUGGAAUCCAGACACCUGUCCCCACGCUGUCUUCAUCAGGCCGACUCUAAUAAAGUAACUGCAGCUCA